AUGAGUAUAUGGUUCUUGGCUUACCUAUUUACGAGGGCCCGGCGGAACUCGAAGGUUGGGAAGCGGGUUGACGACUUUUAUGUGGGUAAGGGGAUACGACAGAGGAUACUCUUGGUCUUCAGAUUUGCGCGAGGUGGCCACCUACGCUUAAUGUUCAAGUCUGGGGCUUUUCUAGGUCUCUUGACUGGCGGCCGUUACGGCUACUACAUGGACUGGAAGUCUAACAUUCCGCCUUUCAACGAGUUCGAGUUGCAUGUGUCAGAAUGCCGGGGCCGUGCCAAGGAUCUCAAAUGCGAACUGGAUUCCGACGCAAUGUGGCCAGGGUGGUCGGCAUUUCGUGUGGAACUUUCAUACAUGUUUGGCUUUCGCUCACUGUCGGCUGAAUCGAAGGCACUGGAAACGUUCUACAAGAGUCAUCCUUACGCGCGGAAAGCGCGUGAGAAGAGAGAGGAAUGA